CUCCAAACCAUCAACCUCCAGGCGCUGAAACGCGGCUGCGCGGACGAAGUCUCCAAGCUCCUGGGGGCGGCAGAACAGGAUGGCAUCUUCUACCUUGAUCUCACCGACGAGGUCCCACUCGAUAGGGCGACUGACGAGAUCAAUCGGCUGAGCCGCAGCCUGUUCGGCAUGAGUGAGAAAGAGAAAAUGAGAUUCGACGUGGACAAGCUGGGCCCGUAUAAGCUCAAUGGAUACAAGCCCGUCGGCCGCAACGUCGGAGGCAUCCCAGGCCAGCGGGACGGUUUCGAGAGCUACGCGAUCUCUUCCAAUCCCGAUUCUCCAGCUCCUCAAGUCGUAGCCCAAUUCCGGCCCGAACUGGCCGAAUUUCAAUCUAUCUGCCUAGACCUCGCCCAGGUCCUCUUCGAAUCACUCUCCGUCGCCUGCGGCGUGCCCAAGAAGAGCUCCUUCCAGGCGUGCCACUCGACCCCGGCCUUAAAUCUGGUCCGCCUGCUGCGGUACCCGGGGGCCUUGGCCCUAGACAACCCGCACUUCAGCAUCCCCCAGCCAGCGCAGACCGACAUGGGAUCGCUGACCUUCCUGUGUACGGACGCGCCGGGCCUUCAGAUCCAGCCGGCCGGCUCGUCGGAGUGGCUGCAUGUGCUGCCCAAGAGGGGGCAGCCCCUCGUAAAUCUGAGAGACGCGAUGAAGACGCUCAGCAACGGCCGGUUUCAGAGCGUGCUGCACCGCGUGGUCUCGGUACCAGGGGGCGGGGCGUUGGGGGCACAGGACCGCUAUAGCUUUGUAUAUCUACUGCGGCCGGAACCAUCGACGCCCAUGGCGCGGCUUCCUGGCUUGGGUUUUGUGAGUAAAGAGGAUGAGCCGAUGCGCUCAUGCGAGGAAUGGGUCUCCAUGAAGUUUCGGGCGCUGCGAGCUUAA